AUGUCCACCACUGCCCGCGCCGACUUCGAGGCCGUCUUCCCCUCUUUGCGGGAAGACCUUCUGAACUAUGCGAAGCAGUACAAGCUGCCCCAGAACGCUCUCGAGUGGUUCGAGAAGGCCCUCAACGUCAACGUCCCCGGUGGAAAGCUCAACCGUGGUCUCUCCGUCCCCGACACCGGUCUCGCUCUCCUGAAGAAGCCCCUGACCGAUGAGCAAUUCAAGCACCUCAGUCUGCUGGGCUGGCUCACCGAGCUGCUCCAGGCCUUCUUCCUGGUCAGUGACGACAUCAUGGACGGCUCCAUCACCCGUCGUGGCCAGCCCUGCUGGUACAAGCACGAGGGAGUCGGUCUGAUCGCCAUCAACGACGCCUUCCUGCUCGAGUCCGGCAUCUACAUUAUCCUGAAGAAGUACUUCCGCUCCCACCCCGCCUACAUCGACCUCGUCGAGCUCUUCCACGAAACCACCUACCAGACCGAGCUGGGCCAGCUGUGUGACUUGAUCACCGCCCCCGAGGACAACGUCAACCUCGACAACUUCUCCAUGGAGAAGUACAUGUUCAUUGUCACCUACAAGACCGCCUACUACAGCUUCUACCUCCCCGUCGCUCUGGCCCUGCACUACCUCCAGCUCGCUACCCCCGAGAACCUGCGUCAGGCCCACGACAUCCUCAUCCCCCUGGGUCAGUACUUCCAGGUCCAGGAUGACUACCUCGAUGCCUACGGUGACCCCGCCUUCAUCGGCAAGAUCGGUACCGAUAUCCAGGAUAACAAGUGCUCGUGGUUGGUCAACCAGGCUCUGCAGCGUUGCAACGCCGAGCAGCGCAAGGUCCUCGAUACGGCUUACGGUCGUAAGGACGCCCAGCUGGAGGCCAAGGUCAAGGCCCUGUACAAGGAGCUCGACCUGGAGAAGAUCUACAAGGAAUACGAGGAGAGUGUUGUGGGUGAAAUCCGCACUAAGAUCAACAGCAUCAACGAGUCGGAGGGUCUGAAGAAGGAGGUCUUCGAGGCCUUCCUUGCGAAGAUCUACAAGCGCACUAAAUAA